AUGUCUGAAACUUCAACUCUUAGUGUCUACGAAUCUAGAUUCGCUAAAACCGACAAAACUGACGCAGUUCUGGUGGUUGAGGGAAAGAAAUUACAUGUCAAUAAGGCGAUUCUCUCCUACCAUUCCGACUACUUUAACACCCUUUUCAACUCGGAUUUCAAGGAAAAAUCAAUAUCAGAAAUUGAGAUUAAAGAUGUUGAUUUAUGGGAAUUCGCAACUUUGCUAAGUGUCGUCCAUGGCAAUACGAUCAAACCGCCUGAUUCAUGUGUCGAGAAACUUCUAGAACUGUCCGAUCGAUUUCUUCUUCCAGCGGUGAAGCCGUAUUUGGAGCAACUCCUUAUUAAUUCCAAUCUUUAUCCUCUUGAAAAAAUUCUAAUCGCUGAAAGACAUGAUCUCAAGGAUCAGAUGAAGACGGAAAUCUUAAGAUUCACAGAAAAUGUUUCCAUUCGAUCAAUAGAAAACGAUUGGUAUUGGUUCAUGUUGUCGGACAAUACAAAAGUCAAAAUUUUGUCUCAAAUCCUUCGUUAA